UCUAUGGUUUCAUCAUUGUCUAUGAACCAUUCGAUUCAAUACCCGGCGUAGCGCGUCAAAAUUUUUAGUCAAUCACUUGCCUCCUUUUCAUUCACUCUUUCACUUGAGCGCACGCCUGACGGGCGAUGCGUGUUAGAUUGUGAUGGCUCUUUACAACACUUUUGUAAAUUCAACAUUUUUAUGAUAUUUGUGUGCUUAGUAUUCUUCUUAGUGUAAUUAAUUUUAAUUUAUAUAUUUUGCGUUUAUUUUAAAAUGGCGAAUCAAUCCCAAAAAAUCGUUUACAAGCUGGUCCUCACUGGAGGACCGUGUGGCGGCAAAACCACCGGGCAGUCCCGUCUCUCCACUUUCUUUGAGAAUUUAGGAUGGAAGGUGUUCCGGGUGCCGGAAACGGCUAACGUGCUCCUCAGUGGUGGUAUCAAGUUUGCAGAUCUCACCGCUGAUGAAGCACUGAAAUUCCAGGAGAACCUCCUAAGGACUAUGAUACAGAUUGAGAACACUUUCUUCGAGCUGGGCAGGACAUGUCAAAGGGAUUGCUUAAUUAUAUGCGAUAGGGGUGCGAUGGAUGCCAGUGCAUUUAUAUCGAGAGAAAAAUGGGAGGCGAUGUUGGCCACAAACAACUGGAACUGCGUCGAGCUGAGAGAUAACCGAUACAAUCAAAUCGUACAUAUGCUCUCAGCUGCUAACGGAGCUGAAGACUUUUACUCCACCGAGGAUCACGCUUGCCGAUCUGAAGGCGUAGAGCUGGCAAGGGAACUAGAUUACAAUGCGGCUGCUGCGUGGAUCGGUCAUCCUUACUUUGAUGUCAUCGAUAACUCGACCGACUUCGACUUGAAGAUGAACCGGCUCAUCGACUGCGUGUGCCAAAGGAUCGGCAUUGACACCGGCGACCGGCUCAAUGUCAACUCCAAGAAGCGCAAGUUCCUCGUCAAGGCGCCGAUCGCUCCAGACUCGGAGUUCCCUCCGUUCCAGGAUUUCGAUGUCGUUCACAACUACUUGCAGAGCGAUGUCCGCAAGGCGCAAGUUCGGCUCCGCAAGCGAGGUCAAAAAGGCCACUGGUCCUACAUACACACGCUACGGAAGAUCCAUCCGAUCAAUGGCCAGUCUGUAGAAGUAAGGACGCAGCUCACACACCGAGACUACUUAAACCUUCUCCCGCAGAGGGACGAACAUCACUUCACCAUCUUCAAGAAGCGUCGUUGCUUUAUCUACAACAACCAGUACUAUCAGUUGGACAUUUACAGACAACCCUCCCAUCCCAGGUGCCGGGGACUAAUUUUGCUCGAGACGUACAGUGCGAUUCACGAUCAAGACACGCUGUUAGCGUCGUUACCCAAGUUCCUUGUCAUUGAGAAGGAGGUGACUGGUGACCCCGCCUAUUCGAUGUACAACUUAUCCCUCAAGGAAGAUUGGAAGAAUUCAAAAAAGUACUACACCGGUAGUGAAAGCUCCAGUCACGCAAAUGAUUCGAGUGCUGUUGCUAUUUUGGGACGAACCGAAAUGGGUUCAUCCGAUGAAUCUACUAAUACGGAGCGUUAAUAGUAACAUUCAAGAUUGUAAAAUUUUAUUUCGUUAUGAACAUUUAGCUUAGAAAACGUGACUAACACAUUUGCGCCAGUGUCACUAUGAAAAACGUAGUUUGGGGGUUAAAAGGAAAUUUUCUUUUGAUUUAUCAGGGCAUACUAAAGGCUUGACCAACGGCCACAGGGAUGACAAACACAUUGGCUCUAAUGGAGCCGCGAAAAUAAAUGGCCACGCAGGUGAGAAAGUAAAUGGUCAUGCCAUUGGUAAAAUGAAUGGCCACGCUGGUGAUAAAGUUAACGGGUACAGUGAUAAGGGCACUGCGCGUGGAGCUAAGGUAAAUGGCAACCACGCUAAUGGGCACGCUCCGAAACUCAACGGUGCUGCAGUAAACGGCGCUGCGCAUGAAACAGAGCUGGAAGAAUUCAAGAAAAACCACAGAAUGGAUCUCGGAUCACCAAAGAUUACAAAAGUUGCUGUCAAGAUUUAAUAACAUUAACUUACGUAUGUACUUUAGAUUUUGAAUUUUUAUGGAAUUCCACUUUGUAACACUUCAAUAUACACCAAAUUAUGAAAUAGCUAUAAGGUUAAGAUCUACUUAAAUGUAAUUAAUAACUAUUUCAUUAUCGCCAACCAUCGUUAAAGGAUCAUGUAUGCUCGUAUAUUGUAUUUAUUCAUAGUACUUUUAUAUCAAUUGCCAAAAGAUAACUAUUUUUGUAGUAUUCCUUAAAUAUUACAAUAUUUUACAUACAUAUUGCAUCCAAGAACACCACAGCGUAUAAUAUAUCGAGCAAUCUGAAUAAUCAGAUAUAUAUGUAUAAUGAAAUGUUUUGUAUUGUUUGUGCCUUUACACAGUAUAAUAUACUUAAAACUUUUUCUUAAAAAUAUAAUGCAAACAUUGUCAUUCACACUAAUAGUAUGUACUUAAAGUAUUGCAAUAAUAUCAAGUUAAGUAUUGUUGCAGUAUCUUAAACACUAAGACUAGUGUUUUAGGUUUAAAUGUACCUAACGCGAUAGCAUUUUAUUUAUAGACUUAUUUAAUUAUGUAUUGACGACGCGACGUUAGAAAUGUUCAUAAUUAGGACGUUGCAGUAAUCCUUUUAGUUUGUAGAUUGAAUCGUGAAAUUUUAAUGUCUCGAUGUUGUGUGGUCACGUAGAUCGUUCACACUUUUCUUUACAGGGGUCCAAAUGUUAUCUAUCAUUAACACCAUUCGUAAACAGUAUUCACUAGGGCGGGUCCCCUGAGCUUUUAGCGUUGAAUUUGUCUUAAAAUGAAAUAUAUUUUUAUCAAAAUAAAGAAGUAUAUAUUUAUGUGACACAGAGUAAUUCAAUUUAGAAAUUGAUGUCGUUGCAGUGUCACUAUUUUUUUUAUUGUUAAAGAAGACUAGUAUGUACUUAUCGCAAAAUCAUAAAAAUAAUUUUACAAAAGUAUUUUUAAGGCCGUCUUUUAAAUAUAAUUUCAAUGUAAUGAAGACAACAUCUACUGUAUAGCGGUUUGCUAAAUAGCUAUGAAGCUAUUCAAUCGUUUGGCAAAGAUCCACGGUAGCAUUGUUAAUGGCUGUGCUAUUAUAAUUGAGCAAUUGAGGGCUCUCAUUCUACAGAGCAAACGUUGGCGGCGAACGUGCCAACUGAAAUAUAUCUUACUAGCCGUUUGCACCAAAAGGAUAAAUGUAACGCUAGCUUUAUUGCAGUGUAUAACUAAUAAAAUGCCAGAAUUAUUUGAGUUUAUGAGAUUUGGCUUUGAAUAUUGUAUUAAAUAAAUCUUUACAUUUUAUAAUGUAACUUAUUUUUGGUGCAUCGUGCUAAUAGCUUUUGGGCUUAAAAAUCUCAAAAUUGCAUAUUAUGUAACUUCUCGCAUCAUUUCUUAAUAAAGAAAAAUGCGUCAUUGGAUG